GCGAUGGAGCCCGGCCCGGGGCCGGCCUGAGCCGCGAUGCGAUGGAGAAGCUCGCGGCGGGGCUGGCCCGGCUCCGCUGGAGCCCCGCGGCGCUGCCCCUCGACGCCAUCGUCAGCCAGUGCCGCCUGCCCACCCUCGUCUGCCUCGGGCAGGGUGAGCGCGUGGAGGGGGUGACAGCCCAGGACGUGCUGCUGGUCCACUCGUGCCGGCAGUGGACGACCGUGACAGCGCACAGCCUGGAGGAGGGACACUACGUCAUCGGGCCCAAAAUCGACAUCCCGCUCCAGUACCCAGGGAAGUUCAAGCUGCUGGACCAGGACCGGGACCUCCGCGAGCCCGUGCAGUACUUCAACAGCGUGGAGGAGGUGGCCAGCACCUUCCCAGACCGCAUCUUCGUCAUGGAGGCCAUCACCUUCAGCGUGAAGGUGGUGUCGGGGGAGUUCAGCGAGGACAGCGAGGUUUACAACUUCACGCUGAACGCGGGGGACGAGCUGACGCUGAUGGGGCAAGCGGAGAUCCUGUGCGCCAAGACGGUGAAGGAGAAGUCGCGUUUCAACACCCUCCUGCGCAAGCUGGGCAAGGCGGCGCCGGCGGCCGGGGCGCGGCAGGUGAAGGGCAAGAUGCCGUGCCUGAUCUGCAUGAACCACCGCACCAACGAGAGCCUGAGCCUGCCCUUCCAGUGCAAGGGCCGCUUCAGCACCCGCAGCCCGCUGGAGCUGCGCCUGCAGGAGGGCGAGCACACCAUCCGCAGCAUCAUCGAGAAGGUGCGGCUGCCCGUCAACGUGGCCGUGCCCAGCCGGCCCGCCCGCAACCCCUACGACCUGCACGCCAUCCGCGAGGGCCACUGCUACAAGCUGGUCAGCAUCAUCUCCAAGACGGUGGUGCUGUGCUGCAUCCUGCGCCGGGAGGAGCUGGUGCCUUUCCAUUUCCUGCUGCUGACCGACAUGCCCCGCUUCCAGCUGCCCGAGGGGCUGCUGGCCGGGGACCCGCAGCUGGAGAAGCUGCUGCGGGACAGCGCCGCGUAUUGCCACGACCGCUUCAACCCCGACGAGUACUCGCGGGCCGUGCGGGAGGCCAAGCCGGACUUGCUGGAGGAAUGUGCGAGCCCGCGGCGCCUGCGGCUCUGCCUGCCCGCCUGCGGCCGCGAGGAGCUCAGCCAGCCCCUGCAGCGCCUCUCGCUCUGCGCCUGCGGCUCCGGGGGUCCCCGGGAGCCCCCCGCCCGCUGCCAGGGACCGCGGGGCCUCGGCGGGGCCACCCCGCGCCCGCCGCUGCCCGACUUCCCCGAGCCCGAGCGGGAGUACAUGACGCCCGACUGGGCCGAGCCCGAGUUCAGGACUCAGGAGCCGCUGGAGAUUCCCUACGAGGAGCUGUGGAGCAAUCCCAGCCCGGAGGGCUGCUGCGAGCUGGGCAGCAGCGGUGGCCGGCCCGACCUCGUCUCCUUCGGGGCUGCGGCCCCGCUGGGCUCCCCGCACCGCCCCGGGGACGAGCCCCGCGGGGACACCCCGCCCCCGGUGCCACCCAAAUCGGAGGCGGUGAAGGAGGAGUGCCGGCUGCUGAACGCGCCCCCGGUGCCGCCCCGGGGCAGCCGCCCCCCGGCCCCCUGCAGCCCCCCGGCCCUGCGCUGCCCGAAGCUGGCACCCGCGCCCUCGCCCAGCCCCAGCCUCUCCUACUACUCCUCGGGGCUCCACGACGGGUCGGCCCCGCGGAGCGGCAGCGCCUCGCCCUCUCCGGACGCGUACUCGCUGUACUGCUACCCCUGCACCUGGGCCGACUGCAAGGCUGCUGAGCCCCCCGGGCGGCCGCUGCCCCCGGCCCAGCCCGCGCCCAGCUCCUGGUCCGACCCCUGGGCGUUCCCCGAGCCGGGCGCCGGGCCGGGCAGCGGCUGCUCCACGCCGCUGCUGGGGACCGAGCCCCCCCUGAAGCCCUUCCGCAGCUGCCCCCGCCUCAAGCCCCCGCACCCCCAAAAGCGCUUUGCCCCCUUCGGGGCGCUCAACCCCUUCGCCGGCCCGGCAGAGUGGCCGGAGAAUCCCGAGUGGUCCAAAGCGGCGCCUUCGGCCCCGGCCGCUCCCUCCUCCUCCUCCUCCACGCCGGAGCCCUUCGCCCCCGCCGAGGAGCCGGCGGCGCCCCCUCGGCCCCCCAAGGGCUUGGACGGGGACGGCAUCGUCAUCCGGGGGGCGGCCCCGCUGUCCCCCGCCGUCCUGCGCGGCGCCGAGGGCGUCACCCGCCUGUACCUGGCCCAGGGGGUGAUCGAGGUGCCGCCGGCGGCGAGGGGCGAUGGGGCAGCCCCGCCGGCCGCCCCCCGGCCCAGCGGGGACGGCCCGGCCUGGCUGCCCCCCGCAGACCUGUCGGCGCUGUCGCUGGAGGAGGUGUCCAAGUGCCUGCGCUUCAUCGGCCUCUCCGAGGACGUCGUGAGCUUCUUCGCCCGCGAGAGGAUCGACGGCAGCAUCUUCGUGCAGCUCAGCGAGGAGAUCCUGGCCGACGACUUCCGCCUCACCAAGCUCCAGGUGAAGAAGAUCAUGCAGUUCAUCAAGGGCUGGCGCCCCAAGAUCUAGUGCCACGCCAGGGACCCCCUGCACAGGGGGGUCCCCAAGUCACCUGGAGCACGGCUCUGGGUGGCCCCGCUCCCAUCCCUCUCUGAUGCUGCAGGCUCUCCUCUCUCACUGCCCAGCC